AUGGGGCGCCUCCAGCUUGCUCUUCUCGUCUUCGUCCUCGCCGUCUCCGCCGCGAUCGUAUCUGCCUCCGAAAAUUCCACGGCGAAGGUGAAGGCGGAGGCUCCCGCCACCAACGGAGGCUCCGACGGCGAGGCGCCGGUUGACAACAACACGAUCGGGACCACCGACGAUGGUGGCGACAACGACGACGGAGCAGCCGCACCCUCUCCCGACGACGAUGACGUGGUGGUUCCCGGACCGAUCGGGAGCGAGUCUUCGUACUCAAAUUACCCUCCGGCUCAACCGACGGGCUCCGCCGCAAUCGGGGGCGUCUCCGCCGUGACUGGCUUCGUCGCCGUUGCAGGCUCGCUCUUCUUUUUCUGA